GAUUUCGACCUCGAUAGCAUCCGGAGCUAAUCCGCCCGUCGAUGUUUGUUCAUUCCCGGGCUGCUGUCUCGACGCCUGAAAGACUCGUAUUGACCUCCACCCUACGGGGAACCAACAUGUAUUCGCCUCGUAUAAAUGUAAUUUAGAUUUCCUCGACAGUUCUUGUUUCUUUUUUUAGGGUGGAAAGGCCACGUUUUGUCGCAUUGCUGCUAUCGACACGCUAGCCCGCGAGCUAACGAGCUAGCAUCGGUGCUAACAAGCAGGAAGGAACAAAAAGGUUGCUCUCCAAACAAACGACACCCAUUACGUCAAAGAAAACAACAGGGAUUUUAGUUUUGGCAUAAGGGCAAAGAUGGCUCCCGACUCUCCUGUUCGCUCCAAGUCCAGAUCAAAGUCCAGGUCAAGAUCUUUAUCUAGAUCUCACUCAAGGAGCCGCUCCCGCUCAAGAUCCAGAAAACGACGCUACAGUUCAAGGUCCCGUUCCCGCUCUCGCUCACGCACUCCUGCGGCCUAUAGAAAUUAUCCCUCCAGGGACUAUCAGAACAACCGAGGUGGUUUCCGGGGCUACAACCGCGGCUAUCGAAGGCCUUACCACUACCGAGGCCGAAACAGAGGUUAUUAUGCCCGUGGCCACUACCAGAACAGGGGAGGCGGCUAUGGCUAUAAGUCCAACUGGCAAAGUGGCGGCGGCGGCGGUGGUGGUGGUGGUGGUGGUGGUGGAGGCGGCGGCGGUGGAGGAGGAGGCUGGCAUGACCGCAAACAUGAGCAGGACCACCGUUCCCACAGCCCCAGGAGGGGACGCUCACGCUCCCACACGCCAAACAAACGAUCUGGCAGCCGCUCCCACUCCCACCACUCUGACCGGUCCUCAUCGGAGCACUCUCAGCGCUCCAGGAGCUCCAGCUCCUCCAGGUCGCGCUCAUCUACCCCUCGCCAUCGCAACAAGGGCAAGCCCAGCUCCAAAAUUACAAAGGAAAAGCAACCAGAGAGCCAAGUCGACAGUUUAGUCCCAGCAGGAGAAGGCAGUGUCAUCGAGAAGGCAUCAGGAGGUAAAUGGAUCGACUAUGACACAAGCCCUAAAAGGUCCAGCUCAGAGAUUGCUCACAAAGAGUCGACGGCUACCACGGCUGACAGUCCUGCCAAGUCAGGACAAACGGCCUCCUUCGGCGGCUUUGGCUUCUUCUCCAAGGAGGAUCCCAAAAGUGGAGGAGAUAAGACGGUGAUCUCUGCUGCCUUCAAAAAGUUCCUGGCUGAAAACAAAAGCAAAAAGCAGGCAGCUGAAAAGGGGGCCGGCGAUGACGACAAGAGCAGCGCAGAAAGAGAGCAAGAGAAGGGCGUCAAGUCCGGAGACAUCUUCAGCAUCUCUGUGUCUGCUUUUGGCGACUCCAAGGAAGACAACACCAUGCCAUUCUUCGACGACGAAGAGGAGGAGUUCCUCAAAUCUCACGGUUUGAAAGACAAGGAUGAAGAUGCUGGGCCUAAAUCCGGUGUCACGGCUCGGGAUAUAUUCGGGAAAUGGGGGGACGAGCCGAGCUAUUCCACCUCCUACCCUUCAGGAAAGGAGAAAAGCCGCAGAGAUGAGGAUACAGAGACCUUGGAUGCUAUGGAGGAGAUCUAUCGAAGCCGCAAGCACAGCAAGAAAGAGGAGAAAGCCAAGAAGAAGGAGAAGAAAGAUAAGGAGAAGAGCAAAAGGAGUCCGUCCCCCUCUACGACUACCAAAGGCAAGGACAGGCCACUUUUCCCUGGCGCCUUCCCUCAUCGUGACGACUCUCCUGCACCACGGUUGUCUUCAUCCAGAGAUGAUUUUGAACUGAAGGUUGCUUCUUUAGAAGAAAUGCCAAGUUCAUCUGCGUCUAAGAAUCGCUUCAUGUCCAGAGAUCUGUUGAAUCCGUCUAAGAAAGAUCCGGAGUUUCGUUCCAUCUUUCAGCCUGUUCAGUCUGUUCAGCUUCGCAGCAGCCCACCGGAGCUGUUCGCUCAGCACAUAGUGUCAAUUGUGCAUUACAUCAAAGCUCAGCACUUCACAUCCACAGACAUGACUUUAAGCGAGCGCUUCGCCUUGUACCAAAGGAAAGCUGCAGAGGUAGAAAUGAUGAAGCCAAGGAAGAGCCCAGAAAUCCACAGGAGAAUUGAUGUUUCCCCCAGUGCCUUUAAGAGGCACUCUCACCUGUUUGAGGAUAUGGACGAGACAAGCUUUAAGGAUUCAGGCAAAAAGUUCAAAGGGGACCCGAUGGACCUACGCCUGGAUAUUGAAAGGCGUAAGAGGUUUGCCGGGAAGGACUACAGGCGCGAAGGAGGCAAGAGCCCCGGAGGCUCCCGAGGGCCGAGCAGAGAGAGGUCCUCUGAGAAAUCUGGAAAGCACCACAAGAAGUCAAAGAAGGGAAAGAAGAAGCGGGAUCGCUCUCCCUCCUCGUCUUCCUCCUCAUCUUCUCCAUCACCUUACCCGCCCGCGCACUUCAGAGGCAAAGAGUACAUGGGAGACGGGGUGGAUCACUUUGAGGAGGGAUUCAAUCAACCGCGCUACCCGCCGCGGGACUACGGCGGCCCCGGGGACAGGGGCCCCCCUCGGGAUUACGAUGGCCCGCACAUGGAAAGAGGCAGAGGCCGUGGAUUCUUCCCCAGAGUGAGAGGACGAGGAUGGAACCGGGGCAAUUAUCCUGGCAACAACAGCAACGGAAACCCUGUCAACAUGAACCCUCAAGUGCGCCCUCCAGAGGAGGAAUGGGAUCCUGAGUACACUCCCAAAAGCAAGAAGUAUUACUUGCACGAUGACCGAGACGGGGAGAAAGGCUGGAUGGAAAACCGCGGGCGGGGCCGAGGCGCUUUUCCGCCCCGCCGGGGACGCUUCGUGUAUCGCAAGGGAGGCAGCAGCCCCAAGUGGGCGCACGACAUGUUCCAGGGCACGGAGAAGGCGGCGGAGAUGGGAGACGACAACAUGGAGAGUCAGCCUAAAGACGGCAAGAACGCAGAUGACGGCCUGAAGCCCUAAGCAGCCAUCAGCGUGUCCGCGUAGAACCGCUUGUAAAAACGUCUUUUCCCCCCUCAUUUACUUUCUCUGUUUGAUGUUAGAUUUAUGAUUGAAUGCUGCUGAGAAAAAAAGGCAACUUUCAGUGAAAACAAACAAAAAAAAUGUGUGCCUUAGAAGGAAACAACAGUUACGUUUUGCUCAUUUCCCCCUCUUCUCUCUUCUUCGUUGGUGUUUGGAGCUGUGAUGCCGUCUUGAUGUUAAAACUGCAUGUUGCGUAAGUGCUUCUCCCUGCGGGACCAAUCGCUACCCUCCAAAUUUAUUUGCAUUAUUUUAGAUUCACACAUGAUUCUUUUGAGGAACAUACAUGUUUGUGUGUUUUCAGGUGGGGGGAAAAGGAUCCACCCCAAAAUGUAACUGCUCGGUGUAUUGUGUAGUCAAUAAUACAGGAGAACAGAAUCUUUUUAGCAAAGUAAUUAAUUUUUUAGGUUGGGACUUUUAUUUGAAUAGACAAAAUACACAUAGAUGCAAUUAUAAAUUCUUCAAAAAAUAUAUGUAGAGACACGAUAAUGUGGUGUUUGUUUUUGUUACUGUAAUUUGGCAGUAAAAUAGAUCUUUCAACAGGAUAUUUUAAGAAGUUGAAAAAAUAUUUGACACUACCUUCUGCAUGUGUUCAACGCAACUGUUUUUUUUCUGAUGGGAGGACUUUUGUACUGUGGAAGAGCUUUCAUGUUUGUCUUUUAAUUUUCAAUAAAUAUGUUUUUCUU